AUUUGAUCAUAUUGUGCUGAUGAGUUGUGCUCUGUUUAUGAUGGUAUUAUACUCUGUUGAUGCGGACUGGUUUGUUUGUUCCUCUGUGAGGGUCUUACUAGUGUCAUUUAUGAAACGUUUUGUUUCCUCAAUUUACUGGAGGUGACAAUAAGCGAGAAGAUCAAGACAAGUGCAUCCUUGAUAUGAUCCGACAGUCGCAUUACCAAGCGAAUAUAAGGAGAUAUUAAUAUAAAACAAGGAAUAUAUGACACGUUUAGGCUUGAACAACCUCCGUGGAAAUUACACUUACAAACGGGACAUGAAAUAUACCGAUGCUGCGGUGACUAGACCUCAUCGACCAGCGUCAUUUGUACAUAUGUACGGCCUUGUUUUAUUAUGCAAUGCAUUUCAAGUCUCUUGUUAUUGUUUAAACUGAAAUCUUUGUAAUUGUUGUUAAAUCUGGCUUGACUGGAUAGCCGUCGCAGUUUCAGGCACCCCAUCACGGGAUCCCGGAUGAAAUAAGCCUAUGGACCACAGAGCGACCAUUUGCUGCGCUGUCAAUCUAAAAGCCACCGACAGCAGUGAAGUCAGCGACAAAAACAUUCAACGACUCGCUAUCCCGACUAUUUAUUUAACAUAGCCACUAAUUUGUUUAGGAUUUGCGUCUACUGAACCAUUUUCAUAAAGUAUUUUGAAUAAAUGGGGGCGCCAAUCCAAAACCGGCAGCGCCACGAGCCGAUUUCUGAUUGGUAGACUUGGUGGAUUAAUUUCCCUGCGUUCCCCCGGUGUCGUGAGAAAACAGGUCCUCCCUUGAAAUCGGGUCUCUCUACAAAGUACACAUGAACAACAUCAAAAUAUGUAUAUAGAUGCGUACUAUAUAGUGCAUAAGAAAACAAAUUAGACAAAUGUAAUAUCUUUCACUUGAUAAACUGUCAUUAAAUAAUAGCCUAAUAAUAAUGAUAAACAAUUAAUUAAGCAUGAUCGUUCUUUUUAUAACUUAAAUAUUUGGAUAUUUUACAUGUAAUUUUACAUUACAUUACAGAUUGUAGUGAAUACACGUAGGGGUAAAUGGAAAUGCACAGUGCAAGAUAAGCUAUCAGGCUAAUCAGGUAUCUGUAUGCUAUGCUAGUACAUUAAUAAAACAGACAUUAAUGGUCAUUAUAAAAUAACAACAUGAACAACACAUAUAAUGUGAUUUUGAAGGAACUGUAAACAGGCACCUAUUGACACUGGUCUGGUCAUUACAGUAACUCGAAUAAUUUGCUGAUUCAUUAGGCAAGCCUUUGGCUAAAUUCGGUAAAGCAUAGGCCUAUUACUCUUUCAAUUUUAGCAAUAUAAAUAUUGAAAUAUUGGCAGAAAUAGAAGGGCCCAAACUUGCAGUCUUGGCCACUUGAGAGUGUGUACACGUGACAGGUCAGAAAAGACUGUCUUAGAAAAAUGCAACAGCUCAGUUCCCUUAAUCUAAAUCCACACUAUGUCUAAUACCACUUCAGAGUGAUAUUUGAGGCCAAGCAUAUCCCUUAUGUGACCCUGGACCACAAAACCAGUCAUAAGGGUCAUUUUUUUGAAAUUGAGAUUUAUACAUCAUCUGAAAGCUAAAUAAAUAAGCUUUCCAUUGAUGUAUGGUUUGUUAGGAUAUGACAAUAUUUUGAAAAUCUGGAAUCUGAGGGUGCAAAAAAAAAAUCAAAAUAUUGAGAAAAUCGCCUUUAAAGUUGUCCAAAUUAAGUCCUUAGCAAUGCGUAUCCACUCACAAAAAUAAAUGUUUGAUAUAUUUACGGUAGGAAAUUUACAAAAUAUCUUCAUGGAACAUGAUCUUUACUUAAUAUCCUAAUGAUUUUCGGCAUAAAAGAAAAAUCGAUAAUUUUGACCCAUACAAUGUAUUGUUGGCUAUUGCUACAAAUAUACCUGUGCGACUUAUGACUGUUUUUUUUUGGGCCAGGGUCAAAUAUAUCAUUCACAUUAAUCAUGUUCAUAAAUUCACAUGCCCUAAAAUCUCACGAUUUUGAGGAAAACUUUACAUUGUAUGUUAAGUUAAUUUGAUAUUACAAAGGCUAUUAUUUAGUAGAAAACCAUGAAGUUUUGCAUUUUAUUGGUGCAGAGAUUAUGUAUAUUUUGUAAAACAUUUGCAUCUGCUUUUUAUCACUUAAAUAGAAGCACCACAAUUACUAAAUUGUUUCAUCUGAAGAGACUAAUAAACAGACAUUUAGAAGUUUAUGUGGUAUCAGGUAAUCAAAAGUUCUAUACACACACUUGCAUUCUUCAUGCCUACUUGCACACUUGGGCUAAAUACAGGAAAUACGUCAUGAAAAUGCUGGCAUACACUACACAACUUUUAAAAUCCAAAUAGUUUUUAAAACACUAGGCAUCACACACUUGCUGUCUUUGUAAAUGGUCACAGAGAAAAACUGAUCAUACACUAAAUGAGAGAAGAUCACACGCUAUUCCAGACUUUCAAGCCAUUCCAAAAACAAACUCAGGCAGAAACAUGCGGCAUGUUGCUAGAAGAUGCGUGACGAAAAAAAAAAGAGAAAAAAAAGUGUUCUAAAAACGGCUCAAAAUAUCAAACAUGUCUGUAUAGUCUGAAGCAGAAAAAAAACCUAAACUACCUGAUUUCCUGUGAAAUUGGUCAGCUGUGCCUGCCCAAAAUUUGCAGUCUUUGUCUCAACCAGUGUUGAAUUGUCCAGACUGCAAAUUGAGGCAAAAAUCUGUACAAAAGUCAUGUAGCCUUAAAGUCGGCAUGAGAAGUUGCAAUAGCCCUUACUUCCCUAUUGUGACGUAUUUCCGAGUAAAAUGACUUCUUGAACAAGAAAAACUGUGCAGGACUUGAUUUUGUCCAAGGGGAAUUGAUUGGAUCGUUGGAGAAGAGAAGUCGCUGCAAGAAGUUGGGGAAGUUGUUUUGAUUAAAGAUUAAGAGCACACAUGAAUAAUGAUGUGCAUGGUUAAAUCUUUUAUAAUACAUACUGCAGUAUUCCAUAAUAAAAAAAAAAAAAAUGUCGAUUUUGAUUAUGGUGACUUUAAGUAGACAAGUGAUCAAGUGCAAAGACCGCAAGUGUGGGUAUUGGGACAGGCCCUAUGGAGUAGUAUGCUAUUUCGAAUCCAGCCAGAGAGUCAAGAUUCAUUCAAAAGAACCGAUUGGUUCACGAAUGAAACACCACUACGUCUCAUGCCCAAAACAAACGCCCGUGCCUGCCCUUACGUCACAAACCAGACCAUCGACACAUAAUAACACGUGUAGACAAUCGGAAUGUUGUUUCUGUCUGCUUCCAAAACACACGGUUGCUAUAGCGCGUUAAGACAGGACAUCACACCCGGCUUCAGUUCUUUCAACAGAGAGUGCGAAGAUGAAACGAACAUGAUUAGUACCGAUGGCCCCUCCAACAAGUGCGCGGAGACCCGGGACACCGGGAAGGAGAAGAAGCAACCGCCAGAAAUGCUGCACCUUAUGUUCGCCGUCUCCGUGUGGCUGGUGACGGGCACCACCAUUUCCAGCCUCAACAAAUGGAUAUUCGCCGUGUACAAUUUCAGAUACCCGCUGCUUCUGUCAGCCCUCCACAUGCUGACAGCGAUAGUGGUGGACUACGGACUGAUAAAAUGCAGGGUUAUCCAGCACAGAGGUAUCGGCGAGCAGGAUUUAACAAACAGCGCCAAAUUCAAAGUAUUCCUGUUGAGUUUGACAUUCUGUGCCAGUAUCGCGUUUGGAAACGUGGGACUCAAUUAUGUGCAGCUUUCAUUCGCACAGAUGAUCUACACCACAACGCCGCUGUUUACACUGGCUAUUUCCACGCUGAUUCUCGGAAAGCAGCACCACAUCCUGAAGUACACCGCGAUGAUGCCCAUCUGUCUCGGGGCGUCGUUCAGCAUUAUGGGCGAGGUCCAGUUCGACCAGACCGGCUGCCUGUUUGUGUUCGCCGCCACCAUGUUAAGAGGCGUAAAAACCAUUCAACAAAGCAUCUUGCUCCAGGAGGAGAAGAUCAACUCUAUCUUCCUACUGUAUCUGAUGUCCAUCCCCAGCUUCUGCAUCCUGGCCGUAGCCGCCCUGGUUCUGGAGAACUGGGCAGCGCUGCAGUCCCCUCUCCAGUAUGACCAUCACCUCUGGGGUUUCAUCUUGCUCAGCUGUCUGGGUUCAGUGCUGUACAACCUGGCCAGCUGCUGUGUCAUCACCCUCACCUCCGCUGUCACGCUGCACAUCCUGGGCAACCUGAAUGUGGUGGGGAACCUGCUGCUCUCCCAGCUGCUGUUUGGGCACCAGCUGACAGCUCUUAGCUGUGCUGGAGCUGCGCUCACCCUCUCGGGCAUGAUCAUCUACCAAAACUGUGAGAUCAUUGUAGCUUACCUCGACGCACGUAGAGCCAGGACACCAACCAGUAACAGUGGAGAGGACGUGAGAGGAGAGGAGAAUGACUCAAGCAUAUCAAAGACAACUCCAGAACCAGCUACACAACCUUGUUCAGAAGAAGACUCAUCUGCAGAACCAGCUCAAGAACCUAACGAGAGGACAGAGGAUCAGAUUCAUGAGAAAACGGACUGAAGAGGCUGAAGAAAGGCUGUGUUCCAAAACCUAGUGAGCUGCAGUGCUGUCUAUUGCCAAACUCUGGACUUUUUUCUUGCAUUGAGCACAAAAGAAUACAAUGAAAGUGAAAGGUGACCACAGAUCUCUCUGGUCCCUAAACACUUUCAUUAGAUAGAAAAGAGCAGCUUGAACCAGGGUUGUAAUAGGUAACUACAACAGAAACUAAAACUAAAAACAUAAAAAAUAAACAUUUUUGCUAUUUGAAAUAAAAUAAACGUUAACUGGAAUAAAAUACAAAUAUUUAAAAAACCUAAGCGCUUUUUAUUUCACAUUGCUCAUUUUAAUUUAGUUUAAUUUGAUGUACUAAAAUAACUAAAACUGAAAUAAAAUGAAUAAAAAAAGAUACUAAAUUUGAAACAAACAACAAAAUUAAAACUUCAACUAAACUUUAACUUUUAGCUAAAACUUUAAAUAAAAUUAAAGUGCCCCUAUUAUGCUUUUUUGGAUAUUACCUUUCAUGUAGUGUCAUAUAGCUGUUUGUGCAUGUAAAAGGUCUGCAAAGUUUUAAAUCUCAAAGUGCACGACAAAUAUAGCUAGCUACUAUAGCUAGUCUCCUAAAAGAAAGAAUCUAUUCUGAACUGCCGAAAUGAGUCAUCAGCAAUUCCAGCCUCACUUCCUGUUACAUACCUACGUACCAAUGUAACAAAUUUGCAUAAUACUACCAGCCUAUGGUCUUCAUUGGCUGCCAGCAAAUAACGUCUACUUUGACCCUCAAACACUGCAGUUGUAGCUGAGGCCUGAAAGAGCUUGGUUUGUGUUGUCAACAUGUCGAGAAGACGCUGUUUUCAGCCCUGCAAAUCCACUUUGCAUGCACUUCAAAAGGAUGAGAAUUCGGGCUCGAAUUGAUAUGGAAAAGCAGACACCAUCGUUACUGUUCGUAUCACUGUGUAUCAAGUACUGAGGAAGAUCUGGAGCUGAAAUUCAGAUAUGGUAAAAGGUGUUUCUUUUUUGACAAGCUCUGUAAGUGGCAGACUAAUCACAACAUACUGGGCCAUCUGACCAAUUAGAGUAGAGCAGGCUCUCAGAAAGGAGGGGUUUAGAGAGACCGAAUCUUUUAUUGAACCAUUUCAGACACUGUGAGAAAAGAGGUGAUGCUUCACUGUAUAUUAGAAUAAAAUUAAAGUGUUUUUUGACCUUGGAUGCAUGUAAACCUAUUGUAGGAGACCUCAAAAACAACAUUAGGAACCUUUAAAAUAGCAUAAUAGGGGCACUUUAAAAUAAUAAUAUAUAUUAA